AUGAAGGUGGCUGGAGAGGAUAGAAAGGCGGAUUUAAUUCGAAAAGUUCUCGCUGCUUCUCUGUUGAAUGUUCCUGAAGCACCGUCUGCAGACGAGAAAUGUGAAGAAAUAUCACAACGAAGAACGAGUAAAUUGACUGUUGGCUGCAUAAAUCUUCCGUUUCCAGAAGAACUGGAGUCGAGUUCGUGGAUGAAAGAAGUCGUAUACCUCCCUGAGAUAACCAUAAGCAACCUGAAAGAUUAUGCACAGAAAAGUCAAUCUCAGAAAGGUUUUAUUGAAGGAAUGAACUUGCAUAAUGCAAAACACGUUAGUCAUGUGGAAUUUAAUAACAUUUCUGACUGUGUCGAUUAUUGUUUUAUCAGAGGUGAUGUCGUACCACAAACAAGAGUAAGGGAGUUACCAUAUAGAGUUUGGGUUUGUGUUAACUCGAGUACUUGUCAGAUGUUAACUGGCGAGUGUGCAUGUAUUGCAGGCUAUGGCGAGAGUUGCAAACAUGUUUUUGCUUUGCUCCACUUUGUCGAAAACAAAGUUGCCCUUGGACUAAAUAAGACAUCGACAUCCAAGAAGCAAGCUUGGCGAGAGACAAAGAAAGGGGAAAAAUUACAUCCACCAACAAAGAUGAGUCAAGCGUCAUUCGAGCGACCUCAUCCGGAACGUGAGCACACAUAUGAGAAGCCAUGUCGUAACACCUUUGAUCCAAGGUCUGUAAAAGAACGCAAUGCUGUGAUAGACUGGCAAAAUCUAUCAGUUGCUUCGAAAGGAACAUCAUCUGUUCUUUGCUUCAAAAUCAAUAUUAAAACCUCUUCUGAUCUUCAAUCGGAAACACUCAAAUCCCAACCCUGGAUUCUGGAAACAAUAGCAUCGAGUUCAAGUAGCCCUGACAAUUUCAAUGCAUUGUUAAAAGAACAGAGGACACAAGAGGGUAUUUCCAAAAUAGAAACACUAACAACAGGUCAGAGCUCAAACAAUCUGUGGUUUGAUUAUCGCUGUGGUGUGAUUACUGCACAUGAAGUCCUUUGCAAGUACCGAAAGAAAAACCCCACGGCUUCAUCUAUAGAGAAUCUUGUUGGCAAGAUACUGGGCUACGAGAAACCACUUAGGACUGCAUCUCUGUCAUGGGGAAUUGAAAAUGAGGCUGUUGCCAAGAAACGUUAA